UCUCUUUAAGGCGGCGGGGGAGGGCCCAGCCUGACAAUGGGCCGGGGCAGCCGAGUUGGAGCAAGUUCCCGGCGCUGCCGCCGCCCGGGUGCGGGCUGAGCAGGGGGCAGCGGCGGCGGAUUAUCGCCGGGAGCAGCGGAGCCUGGUGCGGGAACGGGGCUGGCAGCGAAAGAAUGAAUUAAUCCCCUGCCCCCCCCCGGGCGCGCCGACCCCCUCCUGUCUGACCCCCGGGAUCGAUCCGCAGCCCCCGGUCUCCAGCGGCCGCCCGUGCGCCCUUCUUCCCGCCCGGCGCUGUCUGCGCCCCGCCCGGCUCCGCGGGGCUGAGGAUCUCCCGGCCCGGCUCGCCCUGCCCCCCGGGAUGUGGCCUGGUAUGGACGGGGCCAUGCGGCGGCGGCGGCUACUCUUGCUGCGGAGCGUCCUGUGUCUGAUGCCGGCCCUGGUGGGACCAACUUUCGGCUCCCGCCCUCGGCUCGAAGACUUUUCUCCAAGGAUAGUCGAGCACCCCUCUGACCUCAUCGUUUCCAAGGGGGAGCCAGCGACGCUGAACUGCAAGGCGGAGGGGCGUCCCACCCCGAUAAUCGAAUGGUACAAGGAUGGGGAGCGGGUGGAGACAGACAAGGAGGACCCGCGAUCCCAUCGCAUGCUGCUGCCUAGUGGCUCCCUCUUCUUCCUGCGCAUCGUCCACGGCAGGAGGAGCAAGCCCGACGAGGGCAUGUACGUGUGUGUGGCCAGGAACUAUCUGGGAGAGGCCGUGAGCCGGAACGCGUCGCUGGAGGUGGCCAUCCUGCGCGAUGACUUCCGGCAGGCCCCCAGCGACGUGGUGGUGGCGGCCGGCGAGCCGGCUGUGAUGGAGUGCAUCCCGCCCCGCGGGCACCCUGAGCCCACCAUUUCCUGGAAGAAGAAUAGCAUCCGCAUCAGCGAUAAAGAUGAGCGCAUCACGAUCCGUGGGGGGAAGCUGAUGAUGUCCAACACCAGGAAGAGUGACGCUGGCAUGUACGUCUGUGUGGCUACCAACAUGGUGGGGGAGCGGGACAGCGAGCCGGCCGAGCUGGUGGUGUUUGAGCGCCCCACGUUCAUCCGCAGGCCCAUCAACCAGGUGGUGCUCGCUGAGGACAGCGUGGAUUUCCAUUGUGAGGUGCAGGGGGACCCAGUGCCAACGUCCCGCUGGCGCAAGGAGGAAGGGGAGCUGCCACGGGGCAGGGCAGACAUCCAGAAUGACAGCACCUUGCGGAUCAGCCGGGUCAGCGCUGAGGACGAGGGCACCUACACUUGUGUGGCAGAGAACAGCGUGGGCAAGUCGGAGGCCUCCGGCUCGCUCAGCGUCCACGUGAGCCCAUUCCUUCCACCCCAGUUAGUGACGCGCCCUCGGGACCAGAUUGUAGCUCAGGGCCGCACCGUGACCUUUCACUGUGAGACCAAAGGAAACCCGCCGCCGGCUGUGUUCUGGCAGAAGGAGGGCAGCCAGAUCCUGCUGUUUCCCAGCCAGCCCCCUCAGCCUAUGGGCCGCUUCUCCGUGUCCCCGAGUGGCGAGAUGACCAUCACGGAGGUGCAGACAGCAGAUUCGGGCUACUACAUGUGCCAGGCCAUCAGCGUGGCGGGGAGCAUCCUGGCCAAAGCCCUGCUGGAGGUGGAGGAUGUGACAUCCGACCGCAUCCCGCCAAUCAUCCGCCGAGGGCCCGCAAAUCAGACACUGGCCGUGGAUGCUACAGCCCAGCUGCAAUGUCAUGUGACCGGGAACCCGCUGCCCAGCAUCCAGUGGCUGAAAGACGGGCAGCAGGUUGUGGGCAGGGACCCCAGGGUCAGCCUGUUAGACAACGGGACUCUGCAGAUCACAAACAUGCAGGUGACAGACUCCGGGCUGUAUGUCUGUGUCGCUACCAGCUCGACGGGGGAGACGACAUGGAGUGGGGCCCUGACAGUGCAAGAGACUGGGGCAGACCUCCAGGUGCAGCUCUCCGAACCUGACCACCUCCCUGGACCCCCCUCAGCGCCGCUGGUCACCAAUGUCACCAAGAACAGCGUGACCCUGGUCUGGAAGCCGAGCCCCCAGAGAGGGGGCACUGCAGCUACCACGUACAUCAUCGAAGCAUUUAGCCAGUCCUCAGGCAGCACCUGGCAGACAGUGGCCGAUAACGUGCGGGUGGAGAAGCACACGGUGAGCAGCCUGAACCCCAACACCAUCUACCUCUUCCUCAUCCGCGCCGCCAAUGCCUACGGGCUGAGCGACCCCAGCCCCGUCUCGGAGCCGGUGCGCACGCAAGACAUCAGCCCCACCAGGCAGGGUGUGGAUCACCGGCAGGUGCAGCGCGAGCUCGGCCAGGUCGUGGUACAGCUGCAGGAGCCCGUCAUCCUCACCUCGACCACCAUCCAGGUGUCCUGGACUGUGAAUCGCCAGGCCCAGUUCAUCCAGGGCUACCGGGUGCUGUACCGCCCGCGGGGCAGCGCCUGGCUGGUGCAGGACGUGCCGGCGCCGGCCCAGCGCAGCACCGUACUGCUGGAGCUGCGCAAGGGCCAGGAGUACGAGAUCAAGCUCCGCCCCUACUUCGACGAGUUCCAGGGCAUGGACAGCGAGCUGCUGGUGGUGCACACACCCGAGGAAGCUCCCAGCGCUCCCCCUCAGGCGGUUUCUGUGGUAACAGUGGGCAACAGCACCAGCAUCAGCGUGUCAUGGGAGCCGCCCCCUGCCGGCGAGCAGAACGGCAUCAUCCAGGAUUACCGGAUCUGGUGCCUCGGGAACGAGAGCCGCUUCCAUAUCAACAGGAGCGUGGAGGGCACGGUGCACUCAACAGUGCUGCAGGGGCUGGUGCCCGGGGUGCUGUACCGCACCGAGGUGGCCGCGGUCACCAGUGCCGGCGUAGGAGUGAGAAGCGCGCCCGUCACCAUCCAGAUCAAGCCUGUCCUGGACCAGGGCUCGGUGCCCAUCAGCAGUGGGGAGAACGUGAGCCUGGCCGAGCAGAUCACAGACGUGGUGAAGCAGCCAGCCUUCAUCGCGGGCAUCGGCGGGGCCUGCUGGGUCAUCCUGAUGUGCUUCAGCCUCUGGAUCUACUGGCGCCGCAAGAAGAGGAAGGAGCUGAGUCAUUACACGGCCUCCUUUGCGUACACGCCAGCAGUCUCGUUCCCGCACGCAGAGGGGCCGGCCCGUGGCAACAGCAGACCAGGCAUGCUGGCCAUGGCCACCAGCGCCUCCAACUACCCCUGGCUGGCAGACUCAUGGCCCGCCCCCAACCUGCUGCUCAAUGGGAAUGCCAAGGAGCCUGGCACAAGCCGCUGCACGGGGAUCCAUGAUGCCACGGAGAGAUAUUACAAUGAGGCCGGGAUUUCCAACUACCUCGCCCAGACAGAGAAGUUUGGGGUGGGCGCGUCGGACGGGCCCAUUUACAGCACCAUUGACCCUGCCAGCGACGAGAUGAGGACCUUCAACGGGGCCUUCUCGCAGCACACCACGCCUUAUGCCAGCACGCCCCUGGUGCCAUACGGGGUACCCAGCCUGCCCUCCCCUGACGCAGAGGAGAGCCCACGGAGCCCCCAGCCUGGCCCCUCCGGCAGCCAGUACGCGCUCCCGGAGCGCAGCAGAGCUGAGCAGGUAGUGAAAAUCGGCAAAGCAAAGUCGAUGGGGAAGCCGGUGAAAACGCCCUCGCUGAACUGGACGGAGUUGCUGCCCCCUCCGCCUCCAGCCAGCGAGCUGAGCCAGUACGUGGAGGAGGAGGAAGAGCUGGCUGCCAGCGUGGAGGCGGAGGAAUGGUGCCCCCCGCUGCCUGAACGCACCUACCUGAUGGACAACGUCCAGGAGGAACAGUGCCCCCGGCCCCCGCCCCGCGGCGACAUCUCACCCGCCCACUCCUACGGGCAGCAGUCCACGGCCACGCUGACGCCCUCGCCGCGCGAUGAGAUGAGAGCUGCUGAGGACAUCCCCAGGCUGCAUCACUUCGAGAUCCCACACCUGCCCCGGCGGUUGCCAAACGGCUCGGGGGCGUUGCCCAGGGCCCCGAGCCCUCCCCUGACCCAGUCUGACCCAAACCUCAAUGCCCUUACGGAGGGGGCCGAUGGCCACACACCCAGACAUGGGCACAGACGCAACCUGAGUCAGACCCCAGCGCACAGUGCUGAGAACAUCAGUUCCCCGAACCCAGGAAAAGCCCGCCCCGCUCCCGGUGACGUGUCCCUCCCCCCGGCACAGAAAACGAGAACGAAGAAAAAGGCCAAGACCAGCCAUUACCUCCGGGAGAAGAAACAGGGAGAUCUGCCACCGCCCCCACUGCCACCGCCCAGCGAGGACCCCGGGGCCUCUGCUCAGCCCCUGGCGCCACCAUCGGCCUGCGGCGUCUCCUCUCUGGAGAGGGACGUGAACAGUGCCAGCGCCACAGAGCGGAGAGCUGGCCAUCGGACCGUGCUGGGCCAGCACCAGCACCGAGAUGUGGAGGAGAUCGUCCCGUACAGCAGGCCCACCUUCCUCUCCAGAGGCCAGGUAUCCAGCAACUGCUCCACGACCGGCAGCUCCUCCUCCAGGGGCUCGACGGGGUCCCGGGGCCAUGGCUCCGGCCGCAGCAGGACAGCCGGGGACCGUAGUGAGGAGAAGAGAUGAAGCCAGCGGCGCCGGCUGAGUGAGCGGACGCAGGCUGUGAGCCGGGCUCUGCCCUGAGAUCUGGGCUGGGCUCUGGGCUUUGGGCUGGUUUAACUGAUGACACUGUGACUGGAGCCAGGUAGCCCAGUCCCUUGUAAAUAGGUGGGGUCGGGAGCGGCAGGCAGGCUGUGUUUAUACCCAGGACACGGGGCUCGUGGGUGAGGCCUGCAUGGGCCGUUCAGUGCCAAGCCGGCAGUUCUGCAAAGGAAGGUUUGUGCCCAGCAGGGCAGGGGCAGGCAGCUGGGGCAGGACCAGCUUCCAGCCAGGCUCAGAGAGCAGCCCACCCGCACGGCCCGCCAGCCCAACCAGCCCCUCGUGUGGGCAGGGGUGUUUUUUGGUAGCUAAUGAAUCCGUUUGUAAAACAACCAAUAAAGCUGUUUGUUACCCUGGA